UUGGCACUUGACGCUGCAUUACCUUACAUUUCACUCUUGGAAUUUCAUGUUUAUUCAAAGUUUGAUUUCAUUUACAGUACACGCUAACAAUUUGUUCUAAUGGCAACUCCAAGUUCCUGUAGAUUCACGUACGAUGUCUUCCUCAGCUUUAGAGGAGAAGACACGCGUUAUGAUUUCAUUGGUAAUCUCUACAAAGCUCUAUGUGACAGGGGACUUCACACUUUCAUCGAUGAUGACAAACUUCAAAGCGGAGAUGAAAUCACACCAGUGCUUCUGAAAGCAAUUGAAGAGUCUAGGAUUGCCAUCGUUGUGCUCUCUCACAACUAUGCUUCUUCCUCCUUCUGCUUGGAUGAACUUGUAACCAUCCUUCACUGCCAGAGUAAAGGGCAUUUGGUUAUACCAGUGUUUUAUAAGGUGAAUCCUUCUUAUGUCAGACAUCAGAAAGGUGCCUAUGAAGAAGCAUUGACUAAGCAUCAAAAGAGGUUCAAAGCGCAGAAGGACAAGUUACAGAAAUGGAAGAUGGCUUUGCGUCAAGUUGCUGACUUCUCUGGCUAUCACUUCAAAGAUGCGUACCCACCUUACCGAUCUUUUUAUGUUAUUGAAAAUUAGU